UGUAUUCUCGCGAGAUACCACGAAGUUUCCGGUGUUGUGUGUAUGUUCCUGGAGACAUGGCGGCCAGCUUCCGCGGCCGUCCUAUCCGGAGUCUUCGGAUGCGAGGUCGGAAUGACAGCGGGGAGGAGAACGUACCGCUGGAUCUGACCAGAGAACCAUCAGAAAACUUCCGUGAAAUCCUCCAAAAUGUGGCCAAACCUCAUGGAGUCAGUAACAUGCGAAAACUGGGCCACCUGAACAACUUUAUAAAGCUGCUUUGCAGCAUUGGACACCGCGAGGAGAAUUUUGGGUUUACAUAUGAAGAAAUCAUCAUUUGUUUGCGAUUAGCUCUACUAAAUGAGGCCAAGGAAGUGCGAGCCGCAGGUUUGAGGGCGCUCCGCUACCUGAUCAGAGACACCACCGUGCUGCAGAAGGUCCUCAAACUGCAGGUGGAUUAUUUGAUAGCAAGAUGCAUUGACAUCCAGCAAAGUAACGAGGGGGAGAGGACUCAGGCUUUGCGACUGGUUCGAAAGAUUAUCACCGUCAAUGCAACACUGUUCCCCACCACUGUCGCAAAUUCUCUCAUUGCUGUCGGAACGGAUGGGCUGCAGGAAAGAGACCGCAUGGUCCGAGCUGCCAUCGCCAUCGUAUGUGAGCUAGCACUGAAAAACCCGGAGGUGGUGGCCAAACGAGGAGGCCUCAGCACGAUCCUGAAGAGUGUGCUCGACUGUCAGCUCAGCCGUAUCAACGAAGCUCUGAUCACCACCGUCCUCCACCUCCUCAACCACCCGUUAACCCGCCAGUAUGUGCGUGUAGACGUGGAGCUGGAGCAAAUCCUCGCGCCUUUCACGGAUUUUCACUAUCGUCACAACGCGGACACGGCUGAAGGGCAGCUCAAGUGAGUGUGUGUUGGGGCGAGGUUUGACGAGUUCAAGUGUUGGAGUGGAAACAAAAAGCUUCAGUGUUUGACAUCCCGCCCUCCCCCCGCUGUCAACUGUUUGCUUGUGACUGCACGUGUUCUGUGGGUUUGUAGACAGUUUGUGUUUGUAGAGCUUGUUAUCCGGGCUGUUUGAGUCUGGAUCAACUCGCCAGAGGAUGUGAUGCUGGCUGAGCUUCACAGCUGAUCUGAUUUAAUUUAAAAAAUGGUAUUGCCUGUUUCAAAGUGUACAAAAUAAUUUAUAAAUCUUUCUGAAAAAUC